UGGCACUAAGAGGGGAAAAUAUGAUGAACUAAAUCUUUGCACGCCUCUCAAAAGCCACUGGAAGUCUGGCGUCGUGAGGAGGAGAGGAGGGGAAGGAAGUAGCGUUGGGAGUUGAGCGAAUUUGAAGGAUCGACAACUCACAGAAGGAUCAUGUUCGUCUGGGUCCCAGGACUUCCGGCGCGGGGGUGGCACAGGGCCCGCCGUAGUCACUCCCCAGGCCUGUGACGGUGCCAGUGCCUAGCGUGGGCGUGUGAGUGUGGCAGUGUGUGCGUGGGCGUGAUGGUGGCGGCGGCAGUGGUGGUGACGCCAGGAACUGUUUACUCCAGUGCUCAAGUGUGCGUGUGGUAGUGGUGGUGGUGGUGCUAGUGGUGGUGGUGGAGGUGGUGGUGUUGUGGUGUUGCCGUGUGCGGGUGUUGUGUUGCUACGAAAGGCGGCGAGAUGCUGAAGCACGUGGGGCAGUACCGCUCCACCACGUCCCUCGCCCGUGCCUCCAGCAGCAGCCUCCAGACGCGCCCGGGGGACUCAGCCUCCUGCAGGACCCCGGGAGAGGACGAUGAGGAUUCCAUCAGCUCCCCAGAGGUCCUCAGAAGGAGUCUCAGCUCACCGGGGUCCUACGGAAGCGACUCAAGCUCCCCAGAGUCCCCAAAGAAAGUCCUUAGUCAUGCCAAGGAUCCCAAGGGCGGCGAGGUCCCUGAGGAGGAUGCUGAGGUGUCCCAAGAGUCCUGCAAGAAGAUUCCCGCCACUGAGGAUUCACAAGAGAAGGUCCAAGAGUGCGAGGAAGAAUCCAAGAAGUCCUGCACGAAGGUCCCUCAGGAUACGAGCUCCCCGGAAGUGCCAAAGAAGGAUCUAGCGCGUCCAUCGACCUUGCCACGCCGCGCAGGUCACCGCCCCCCUGAUGACCUGCCCCCCCACACAGGCCAGCCCAUCCGGAAGGUCCUCAAGUCCUCGGAAUCCUGCAGCCUUCACUCCUCCAGUACCUCCAUUCUUUCCCUCACGCCCUCCAGGUCCUCCUCCACGUCCUCCCUCGUGGAUCCUACAAUGACGCCCGUGAAGGUGUACCUGCGGUUCAUGCGUCCGGACAUGGAGUAUAAGACGCUGAGCCUGUCGUCGGGCACCACGUGCCGCCAGCUGGUGCUGAUGCUGCUGGCCAAGUUCAGGCUGCGUCACCGCGACCCGAACCUCUUCUUCGUCACCAUGGAGGUGACGCUGCGCACGCCGGGGGCGGCGCCCCCGCGCGGCGCCUGCUGGUGCUGGACGACCAGGCGCGGCCCGCGGAGCUGCAGCAGUGCCGCCCGCGCGGCGAGGCGCGCUUCAGCGUGGGUGUGCGGCGCGGCGGCCUUGUGCGCGUGCACGACGGCAUCCUGAUGCCCGGGUCGCAGUACAAGUCGCUGCUGGUGUGCUACCGCACCACCUCGGAGGAGCUGGUGCAGCUGCUGCUCAACUGCUACAACAGUAAGGAGAGCCCCGGCGCGCUACGCCAUCCACGAGGUGUGCUCCACGCCCUACAGCGACCGC